UGAGCUGAGACAUCUCUGCACAACAUUCCUUUUGGAAAGGAAUGCUUCAUGCUUGCCUGCUCUCCUGCCACAUUCAGAUUGCACCAUACUGCAUUCCUUCCACUUCCUCAUCCUUCACUCCUCCUCCUUACUGCCAUAAGUUGCCAUCUUACGAGAAUGGUCAUGCCGGGCUCUAUCCAUUUUAUUGCCCUGUCAAUCAAUCACGACAGAUAUAGGGGGAUCAGUGCACUCUGUCGCGCCAACUUCCGUUUCUGAUUCGUCUCUGAAUGCUGAACUGAAGCAUGCUUUAGCAAUGAUGUCUCAGAACUGAAACCUUGGAUUUAGACCUUUAAUGUGCCACCAACAUGACUUAGUUCAGCUUGCCACGCCUCUACAAACUUUCUGUACAUCAGCCUUUCUCAUAUAUGCAGGGUUUGCUUUCGUUUACUUUGAGGAUGAGCGUGAUGCUGCAGAUGCCAUUCGUGGUGUGGAUAAUAUGCCAUUUGGUUAUGACAGGCGUAGGUUGUCAGUGGAGUGGGCUAAGGGAGAAAGGGGACGGCUUCGAGAUGGUUCUAAGUCGGUGGCGAACCAGAGGCCCACUAAGACUCUUUUUGUUAUCAACUUCGAUCCCAUUCGCACAGGAGUUCGUGACAUAGAAAGACACUUUGAAUCUUAUGGGAAGGUUCUUAAUGUUCGUAUACGUCGGAACUUUGCAUUUGUGCAGUUUGAGACUCAAGAGGAGGCUACAAAAGCUCUGGAGUGCACUCACAUGAGCAAGAUAUUAGACAGAGUUGUCUCAGUUGAAUAUGCUUUGAAGGAUGAUGGUGAGAGGGAUGAGAGAUAUGGCAGCCCUAGAAGAGGAGGUCAUGGUCGGCGUGCGGAUAGUCCAUACAGGAGGUCACCUAGCCCGCUGUACCAUCGGCGAUCAAGUCCUGAUUAUGGUCGAGCUCGAAGCCCAGUGUAUGAUCGAUACAGCGGUCCAGCUGGCCCAGCUUAUGACCGUCAGAGGAGUCCAGAGUACGGCAGAUACCGCAGCCACUCUCCUGUUCGAAGAUCGAGAACUUGAAGGUCCUCGAGAAGCUGAGUAGAAUGUGGAGAUUAAACCAAAUAGAUAGCUGCAGACUUGUUACUUGUCUAGUUUUAGGGACUUUUUGUGGAGAAUAUUUCCGUAAUGUUACUGUAGUGCUGGUCCUGCUUGUUGCACUUAAAUGAUCUCUGGAUGAUCAUUAAUGUUGAACCCUCCUGCUUUCUUUCUUUUGUUAACUCUGAGUUGGCUGCUGUUAAUUCACCCUUCAUGUGAAAGAAUCUUCUAAUUUGCUGAAGAUUGUCAAGAAAAUAUCUGCAGCUUCUGCCUUUUUAA